AUGUCCGACCCGACUACCGCUGAAGAGCCUGAUCUGUCCAGUCUCGCCAGCUCUCCCGGCUCCAAGAGAAAGCGUGAAAUGGACAGCCCAGGCUCUCAACGCGCCAAACGCGCUGCUCCCGCUGCAGCCAUGACAGCCGAUACUGCUGCAUUCAUCGAGAGUGCCAUCGAGGCAACCCAUGCCGCCGCAGCAAAUGGCGUAAACGUUGCCGACUUCAAUGCCUUGCAGCAGGCUGCAGCUGCCGAUCACACCGAUGCUUCUGAUCCUUCAAAUGCCACUAGCACGGCUCAGGCCGCACUUGGCAUGUAUCCUACACUUCAUGUACCUUCCUCGACGGAGGAGCAGUUUGCGGCCCAGGCAGCCGCCGAUGGCGAACACCAAUCCGAUGCGUCAUUCAAUCCUGAGAUUGCCCAGUCAGAUAUCAUGGAUCCCUCAGCAGUAACCCAACAACCGGCAGCAAAUGGAGUCCAGCCUCCGGCUCAACGAUACUCUGCGUCAUCAGCCACGUCGAACCCCAAGCCAACCGUGGGUUCCGAGGAGUGGCACAAGAUGCGUAAGGACAACCACAAAGAAGUCGAACGAAGAAGGCGUGAGACCAUCAAUGAAGGCAUCAACGAGCUGGCCAAGAUUGUUCCGGGUUCCGAGAAGAACAAGGGAUCAAUUCUGCAACGUGCAGUCAGCUUUAUUUCUCAACUCAAGGAAAAUGAACAGCAAAACAUCGAAAAGUGGACUCUGGAGAAGUUGCUCACCGAACAAGCAAUCACCGAACUGAGUGCUUCCAACGACAAGCUCAAGCAAGAAUGCGAACGUUUGUACAGAGAGUUGGAGACUUGGAAGCGCGUGGCACAGAAUGCUGGCUUGGAGCCCCCUCAGCCAAAGGAGGAGCCUAACUCGGGAGCUGCGUCAAGUUAG